AUGUACAAAAAGGAAGACAACACACACAGUUUCAUUCAAACGAAUUUUGAAAGUGCUGGAGAGUUCCUACUUCUUUCUCAAGAAACCUCCGAAAAUGAAAGGAUUGCCACUACUGAAAGGAACAAUGAUGAUGAUCAUCCUCGUUCUGGCAUUGAAGAAACAGGCUUUUACAUUCCGAUCUAUGGAAUGGAAAAACAGAAAGAUGCAUCAUCAUUGAAAUUGGUGAGAUUUGUCGUGUUGAGUGAUACUCAUUUGUUUCAUGAUCACUAUAAUUAUUGGUAUGAUGAUGAUGAGAAUAAUGAUCCUCUCAAGAAUGGCUCAGAAAAUGGUUUACAACAACAACGACGAAGGAGAGAUAGUUUUGAGGAAAAAAAGAAUGAGGACACAAUGAUCAAAUUACCGAAAGGAGAUUACUUGAUACAUUGUGGAGAUUUUUCAAAUUUUUGUUUACCAAACGAAAUUAUUAAAUUUAAUAAUUUUCUUGGAAAGAUUAAGCAUCGAUAUAAGGCGAUCAUUGUCAUUCCUGGAAAUCAUGAAUUUUAUGCUGAUAUGGCAGGUCUCCUUCUCACCAAUGUCACUCACUAUUUAAAGAAUGACUUUCUUGAACUUGAAGAUGGCAAAAUUAAACUCUUUGGAUCACGAUUUAAACCUUAUUGGACAAGUUGGUUAAUGACAGGACGUGAUCGAGAGGCACAAACCGAUUGGACAUGUCUUACCAAACCAUUUACUACCGAACAUGUAAAAUCCUCUUCUGAAACAAAUCAUUUGGACAUUCUUAUAACGCAUCAACCUCCUGAUUUUAAAGAUGAAAUUUCACAACGAUUUUUCAGAAGAGGAAGUGAAUCGUUGGCAGAGGCUGUAAAAAUUGUCAAACCUCGAGUGCAUCUAUUUGGACAUAAUCACGAUGUUUAUGGAGUGAAAUAUUCACACGAAUUUAAAAUUGGCAACCAUCUUGGAAAUACGACAUUUAUCAGUGCAUGUUCUAUUGAUAGUCAUAAUGUAAUGAGAAAAGUCAUUGUAUUCGAUUACAAGAUUCCUAUUGGAAAUUGA